UCUGACUCGGAUGAGCACGGUGCACGUAAGCGGUAGAAUCGCCCACAAAUUGGAGAUGUCGGCCAUAUAAUCAGCAAAACUAGGAAGGAACUCCCCCUACGGAACCCUCAAAAGUCAGUUUUUCGGUUUUUCGCUGUGCUUGACUAGUAACCAUUGUGCUACUAGUAGGAACCUGCCCAGCUGGCGAUUUUCGCCGGCAGUCUGAGGAAUGGAUGAUGAAGCUCGAUGAAUUGGCACAUGCCAAAAAUUUCUUAACAUAAAGAUAUCGUUGCAGCGCGAGUAGUCCUGAGCAUUGGAUUCGGCGCUUUCGACGUGGAUAUUUGAUUUGUAUCCGCGUGGAUAGAACUCAAAGUUGCGUGCAUUCUUAAGCCGACUCUGCUUCCCUCGUCCUGCGGUCGAACUUUACACCUACCGUUCAUGCGCAACAUGGAGCUGACAUUGUCGAGUAAUUGUGUCAUCAGCACAAACCUCUUGACCCCUGACGGCCAGUGUCUCUAUACGAUAUCCACUCCGAGCCAUCUGCGUCGCAGGACAACGACAAUAGUGAAAUAUACACGGGGCAAGGAUGGUCGUUCCACAGGACAGUCUGCAGAGCUGGCAAGAAUACAUUGGCACUGCUUGGGCAGCUCACGGUUGAUCUACGACGGCAAAAUUAUGGAAUUUGACAAGUUUAUGCCUUACAAAGGGCUGCUUCGUAGGCACGUCCUCGAGGCAUCCCGCCAAUUCUUCAAGGGGCUCACGAAAUGAUUAGAACUCGCUAUUUCAUAGGGCCAGACGGCAAGUCCUACAAGUGGAAAAUGGGCUGGUUUUCAAGCCAUGUGCGCGAGCAUUAUAACCUACACAAUUUGUCUAUUCGGCGUGCUGAUGUCCUUUGCAGCUUGAGCUAGACGAAAGUCCAGAAAGAUCUGUCGUUGCGAAAAUGCGACAACGAAAUGUCAUUCAUGGCACAAAGCCCGCACUUGAGGUCGACGCUGCGGCGGUACCUCUCCUGGAUCUGCUCGUGAUAACUUGGGUCUUUGUUGAGCAGAGAAGGCGAGAUAUGGAGCAUAAACAUCUCUAGCGACGCUGUUGAAUAGUACCAUGCGCCGCUAAUGCCGAAUGGACGAGUCUCGUUGCAUGUAGUCUCCGCCGCAGAGUAGCCAGGGUCAUCCGUAGUCUAUAGUAGCUGCGAACCGACGCUGCGCAGCGAUAGUCAACAGAUAUUUGAAAUUCGUCCCGUUGCCAACUAGUUAGUAGCAAGCGAGCAGUACCGUGCCUAGUCUCGUGAUACACAUCCGCGUGUGCGCCGCAGAACCCAAAAAACGAGUAUCGUACGUACAGCCUUCCAUCCAGCUCAACUCUCCUCUGCGCUGCAGCUGAGCAUGCCUUCACCCUGACCCACGACAUGGAGCUGACCUUGUCGCGCGACUGUGCCAUCCAGACAGACCUCUUGACCCCCGACGGCCAAUGUCUCUACACCAUAUUCACCCCUAACAAGUUGACAAUCAAGACAACGACGAUCACGAAGCACGUCCUAGACGAGGACGGUCAUACCUCGCAGGAGUCGAUCGAGCUGGCGAGAAUAAACUGGAAUCCCUUCGGCAGUUCUCGCCUAGUCUACGAUGGCAAGAUAGUAGACUUUUCCAGGUUGAUGCCUGGCGAGGGAAUGCUCAAUAGGUAUGUUGUGGCAAGCCAGCUCAAAGUUCGGAAAGUCCACAAGAAUAACAGGGUUCGUUGCCUCGCGGGGCCCGACGGCAAGGCCUACAAGUGGAGGAUGGGCUGGUUGACAAGCUAUGUAUGCACGCAGCCCGCUAAAAGUCGCGCGCUUACGACUGAUCCGAGACUACCCUACACCAGCUCGAGCUCGUCGAAGGUCCAGGGAAGCCUGUCGUCGUCGCAAGAAUGCAGCAGCCGAGCCUCAUCAAGGGCAGGAAGCCAGCACUCAUAGUCGAUGCUGCUGCGACGCACUUCCUGGACCUGUUAGUGAUAACCUGGGUCUUCGUCGAGCACAAACGGCGGGGUGGUGAACGGGAUGGCAAGCGAUGGCGUCGCGACCGUCCACGUCCGGUCUCCGUUGCUUGAUCCAAUUUGUGUUGAAAUGCUGACCCGUAAAGAUGAUAUGCUGUUACCAUCGCUCCUCGAAAAUAGCAGAUUUUAGCUUCUUCACCACGGUGUCAGACGUUCCCGGGACCGCAAACAUCCGUAGCACCUCGUUGUUAUAUGAUUGCGCAGCAGAGGUCGUGGGGCGAACCGCUGAUCAUGAUCGCGCAGCUCUGUGUAUUAGGCCUGAUGGUGGCGGUUGCUUAGGGCUGGUCAGCAGGCCGCGGCGCCUGAAGCUGGAGCUCAGGCGCGUCGAUUCAUUUAAAGGCGAGUGUGCGUCCCCCAGCAGGAGUGUUAACUGGCAAAAUGGAUCUCACCUUGUCGCAUGAUAACCCCAAGAACACCGAAUUCUCUACUCCAGAUGGCCGUGUCCUCUAUUCAACCUCUACACCGUUCAAGCUGUCGGGCCAGACGACCAAACUCUCGAAAGACAUGCCCAGCGACGGCGGGCCUGAGUCCUCGGGGAGUCUGCAGGAGAUAGCGAGGAUUAAUUGGCACUACAUCGGAUCUACCAGGGUUAUACAUAACGGACAGGUCAUGGAAGUUGACAAGUUUCUGCCAAGGGCAUGGAUGCUUACCAAGUAGGUAUACAUGGCAA